UAGAGGAGUAGUAUGCAGGGUUGUGGGGGUGUACGCAGGUUUAGAGGCCCCGGGCUCGAGAAGAUUGUACCCUGCUCUGUUCUAAGCCUAAAUUGUCCCCUUCAGGUCGCCCCCCUCAAGCCCAAGGGGUGUAUAGAAACUCCCUAGCGCUGGGUGGGAUCUCUCACUUGCCAGCUCUCGUCCUGAGGUCCCCGGGGGCACCCCAGUUCCAUACUCCUUGUUUGAAAGGAGAACAGCGGGAGCUAAGGACAGGCGCGGUCUUCGUUGGGGAUGGAGUUUAUUGAUAUCCGUUUGGAGCUUGCGAGGAGGAGAGGGCAGGAGAACAAGAUACUUUGUGCCCUCGUAUUUCCAUUUUAACUCUCCUUUUACUGGGUGUCUAGACGAGGAGGACAGGAUUUAAGAGUUUGGAAAGGGAGUUGAGGUACGCAGCGGCGGCUACAGUAUGUACACAAGUAGGAGGAGGAGGAAGGGCUGGGAAGAAGAGAGGCUGUAGCGGCUGCCGGUUGAGGGAGGAAGAGGUGGGGGUGGGGGAGGAGGAGAGGGAGGAGAGAGAUGACAUGGGAGAGGAGGAGGGGGCUUGAAAAGGGGAGGAGGAGAGGGCUCAAGGGGCCGUCUGUCGCGGGACAGGCUGGCCAGCUGGGGCGAGGAGCCGGGAGGAGGAGGCUGUGGCGGCAGCAGCAGAAACAAGCACCAGCCACACAGCGGCUUCUCCGGCCCGAGCAGCUACAGUCCCCUGGCCGCGAUGGCGCUGCAAAGCGCUGCAAGCGAGGAAGCCAAGGGGCCCCAGCGGGAGGCACACCAGAAACAGCAGGGGCGGGUGGGUAGCCCUGAGCCGGAGCCGGAGCCCUUGCCACUGCCCCCACCGGAGCCCCAGCCGGAGCCCCAGCCAGAGCCCCAGCCCCUACCAGACCCUGCCACCCUGCCGGAGCUGGAGUUUGAGCCUGAGCUGGUGCAUGAAUCCGAGCCCACGCCCACCGUGGAGACCCGUGGUACAGCGCGGGGCUUCCAGCCCCCUGAAGGUGGUUUUGGCUGGAUGGUGGUCUUCGCUGCCACCUGGUGCAACGGCUCUAUCUUUGGCAUCCAGAACUCCUUUGGGAUCCUCUACUCCAUGCUGCUGCAGGAGGAAAGAGAGAAGAAUCGCCAAGUGGAGUUCCAAGCAGCAUGGGUAGGAGCCCUCUCAAUGGGCAUGAUCUUCUUCUGUUCUCCCAUUGUGAGUAUAUUUACUGAUCGUUUGGGCUGCCGAAUCACAGCAACUGCAGGUGCUGCUGUCGCUUUCAUCGGCCUCCAUACCAGCUCCUUCACCAGCUCAUUGAGCCUACGUUACUUCACCUAUGGGAUUCUCUUUGGUUGUGGCUGUUCCUUCGCCUUUCAGCCAUCUCUCGUCAUCCUGGGCCACUACUUCCAACGCCGCCUGGGUCUGGCCAAUGGUGUAGUGUCUGCUGGGAGUAGCAUCUUCUCCAUAUCCUUCCCCCUUCUCAUCAAGACGCUGGGGACUAAGAUAAAGCUGGCCCAAACCUUCCAGGUGCUGAGUACCUUCAUGUUUAUCCUUACACUGCUUUCACUCACCUACCGGCCCCUCCUGCCCAGCUCCCAGGACACCCCAAGCAAGAGAGGUGUCCAUACCGUGUGCCAACGCUUUCUGGCUCAACUCAGGAAGUAUUUCAACAUGCGAGUGUUUCGCCAACGUACCUACCGCAUCUGGGCCUUUGGGAUUGCUGCUGCUGCCCUUGGCUACUUCGUUCCCUAUGUACACCUGAUGAAGUAUGUGGAAGAGGAGUUCUUGGAAAUCAAGCAGACCUGGGUGCUCUUGGUGUGUAUUGGGGCUACCUCAGGCCUCGGGCGUCUUGUGUCAGGCCGUGUCAGUGACUCCAUUCCUGGACUUAAGAAGAUCUACUUGCAGGUCAUCUCCUUCCUGCUCUUGGGCCUGAUGUCCAUGAUGAUUCCCCUGUGCCGGGGCUUCGGGGGCCUCAUCGUUGUCUGCCUCUUCCUAGGCCUGUGUGAUGGCUUCUUUAUCACCAUCAUGGCCCCAAUCGCAUUUGAACUGGUGGGCCCAAUGCAGGCCUCACAGGCCAUUGGCUACCUCCUGGGCAUGAUGGCCCUGCCGAUGAUUGCUGGGCCCCCCAUUGCAGGCCUCCUCCAUACCUGUUUUGGGGACUACCAUGUGGCCUUCUACUUUGCUGGUGUGCCCCCAAUAAUUGGAGCUGUAAUCCUCUUCUUCGUCCCUCUGAUGCAUCAAAGGAUGUUCAAGAAAGAGCAAAGGGAUUCCAGCAAGGACAAGAUGUUGGCUCCUGAUCCAGAACCCAGUAGAGAGCUGCUGCCAGGCUCUCCCAUGCCUGAAGAACCAAUCUAAUGCCUCUUCCUUGUCAUUGUGUGCUCCUCUCCAACCCCUACCCUUUACCCCACCCUGCUCAGCAUUUACAUUUUUGCCACCAGCACACUUGUUCCCAAACCUAUGCACACAGCAUUUUAGCCACCUGACCAUCCCUUUGGAGCCAAAGCUCCGGGUGUUCCAAACUUAGUAACCAAGUUCUCUUUGUGAAUGCCUUCAAACUUGCCAGGGUCCUUCUCCCAGGAUCUAGAAAACCUUUGGAUCACCCCCUGGCCCUUGGAACCUCUCCCUAUACUUUCUAACCCCUGGGGGGAGGGGCACGGGGCCUCUUGGCCCCAGCUUGUUAGUCACCCAAUAGAAGCAACUGUCAAAGGUGCUACUGUGUCCUCAGGAGCCUGGUGGGAAGACUCAAGCCUCUGUGUGCUGAGAAGCUCCUUGCCAUCUUACUUUAGGAGCCACUGAUGGAGGGGGUGGGGGAGGGCAGAGAGAUAAAAUGAGACAAGGAGCCCUGUUUAGCCUUAGAGUUUCUGAGGGCUGUGGCUUCCCAAGAACUGUGGGUGCUGUUAGUUUACAAGUAUAUAGAUAGUUUCCCCAUUAUCUGGUUGGUUAACAGUCUGCCUCCUUCUACUCUUCCUCCUUUUUUUCUUCUACUUUCUCCUCAUUUCUCUUCCCUUUCUAUUUCUUUUUAUGACUGUCAUAGACACAUGGGUGCUUAAAUAAAGGAGGGACCCAGAGCUUGGGCUGAUCAGCCUUACCUUGGCCCAGCCCACCCCUAAUAGUAGCAUCAGUCCCACUCAUCUCAGGCUGAGCCACACCUCACCUUUUGGCUCAAGCUGCUAUAAUCAUAGACUGGAAGAGUAGAAUAUCACAUAGGGAAGGGGCCUUAAACAGCACUCACUUAUUUUUACAGAUUUCCCAGGCCAAUGCAAUUGGUAGGCCCAGCUCCCCAUCCUUGUAUCCAUCUGUCAGAAUGUGAAGAAAUCCCUUUCAUCUCAGCAGGCAGAGGAGGCCUGAUGAUAAAGAGAUGGCAUGGUAUGGGGAAGGGGCAAUAGUUAUUGACCUGGUGAAGUACUAACUCAUGCCAGGUCAAUAUUUCCACCUGGGGUAGGCCAGGAAAGAGACUGUAUUAGGGAAAAUCCAAUUCCCAACUUGGAUCUCCAAAAGGUAGAGGCAGCAGCUACACAAAGGUUUGGACAGUUAUUUUUAAGAAGGUGAAACCUUGCUAGCCUUUGCCAACAAAUGUGUCCAUCAUGCUGUGCAUCCUGGGUCACUCUGGUUGGCUGGCAUUAAACAUGCCAGGAAAGGUGGACUCUGGACUCUCACCUUCUAAAAUAGCUGCCAGACAAUUUCCUAUGCCCAUACUCUAAGCAACAGUCUUGCUGUGUCUAGCUAUCACAACUCACCUCAUUAGGAGCUCAACCACUCUCCUCACUCAGCCUCUUUGUAUGUCUUUCUCCCUAUUCUGUGCCUUGGUAUGUUGUGUUCCUAUCAUUCAAACUUUUUCUCAUCUUCUUGCCAGGCAUCCCUGGCUGUGACUUAAGAGCUAAUAGUAACUUGCCACCCCAAGCCAGGGCCAUCCCAGGGUCAGGAGGAUGAGGUUGAUGCUUAGGGGCUACAAAGAAGACAGUGGUCCCUAUCCAUGAGUUUUUCUGUUACAAAUAGGCAGCUGGGGUAUUGUUGGCCUCUGAUGGCUGAACCAAGGCCAAAGUCCCGAUCCCCCUCUGUUGGUCCCAGUUGGGCCCUUAUCAACUCAUCAAAGGAAAACACUGAUUCUUGGCUUUGUGGGUAGGAAGGGGCCUAAUUAUUAUCCAAAUAGCUCAAACAGCAGUGGAACAGGAGAAGCUGGGCCUCAGGAGAGACCAUUGAAAAUGUUUGAGCACAAAAACCCCUGCUUCCAUUUAUCCUGCCCCAUACCCACCAACUCACUAGAGGGCAGUUCCGCAGGGCCUCCUUUGUUGUACAAGGUGUGAAUAGCUGUUAAGAAUCAGGCUACCACCCUCUUCUCUCCAGGUGAAGGAAAGUCAUUCACAGGUCCCAAAUCUGCCUUAUCUGGUGUCACAUAACACAGCAGGGUGUCAAUUUACUUCUACACACAUGCAUGUGCAUGUGUGGACUUGUGUGCUUUUGGAGAGCAUAUCGGUUGGCUAAAGCAGCACAGUAUUAAUAUUUAGCGUAUGAUGUAGCCUCUUAUGAAUUGAUAGUCAAUCUAGCAGAAUGAAUAAAAUUUGGGAGCUUGAGACCUGGUACAUUAAUUAAAUCCUCAAAAGGUUUGGAACAAAAUAGACAUCUAAAAAUCUAGAUUUGGUAUGUAACUUGCCUAGAAGUGUGAAAUAGUUUUAACCUGGUUAACAGCAGGAAGUUUGGUUUCAGAACUGACAUCUCAUUUCAAAUCAAAUUUCUGCCAGGGUCUAAAUUGUCUAUGAGAGCGGAAAUUUGAAAAUGAGCUUCUUAGGGGUUUGAAGUUGGGCAGGCUGUUGAGGAUUGGAUUUUUAAGGGAGCUCUGAAGUGAAAAACUGGUUACUUCACAAAAUGGGAACAUAACUGGUUAGUGGUUGAGUGGGCAUCCAGGCCUUGCCAAGGUCACUACCUUGUUACAAGCAUUCCAUGUUGAAAAUUAGCAAAGACCUUACAAUAACAAGUUCAAGUCCCCUUUCCUACCACUUGUUAGUGGUGGGGGAACCAGAAGGAACUGGUAUACCUGACUUAUGCAGCCAGGCAGCAACAGAAGACAUUAACAGUGAUGCAGAAGAGGCCUACGACAAUGAUAAAGUUGAAGGUAAUCUUCAGGUCUCUCAGGUCUAUACUGUACAUUAAGUUGAAGUGGGAAAGCUGAGGCCUACAGAUAGAAAGGGGUUCAUGUAGUUCAUCAGUGACAGAGCAGGUUGAGGCUUGAACUAAGGUAAUUGACUUCCAAUCCAGAUCAAACGCCUCAUUUUACAGAGGGAAAAAAUUGACCCAUGAGGGGAAACUGAGUUGCCCGAUUCAUUCAAUGACUAUGUAAUGAGACCAUAUCCAUAGGGGUGUCAGCAGGAACAGCUCUGAGCGAAAAUAAAAUCUGAUCCAAGUCUGA